AUGAAUAAAUGUGUUGCUAUUAUAGGAGCCGGUAUUGCAGGUCUGACAGCAGCACAAAAAUUAUAUGAAAAUGGAUUCAAUGACAUCACUAUUUAUGAAGCAUUGGAUAGAAUAGGAGGACGUAUUCAUACCAUUCCUUUUGACAAUGGUGUACUUGAAUUGGGUGCUCAAUGGCUUCACGGCCAACACGGCAACCCAUUGUAUCACUUGGCCAAAGAACGGGAUCUUAUAUCGAAUCCUAACAUUGAUUUCGGUAUCGAAGGAACCGGAAUAUUCUGUACGGAUUCGGGAGAUUUGCUCAAUAAUACAGACAUUAAUAAAGUUAUAGAAUUUUUGAACCGAAUUAAAGAUCAAAUUAGUGACCACUCGUUAGAAACAAAUCAAUUAAUGUCUGCACAACAAGUAUUUCGCGACAAUUUUGAAAAAUAUAUCAAAACGCAAGAAUGUCCGCCACUUGAUACUGAUCUCUUGUGGUCCCUAUUUAAUUGGUAUAUCAAGUUUGAGGUCAUCGAUAAUUCAUGUAAUGACUUAAAUGAUAUAUCAUUGCUAUCAUACACACAAUAUGAUGAAUGCGAUGGUAUUGACUUAAUUAAUCUGAAGAAUGGCUACAAAACAAUAAUUGAUUCUUUGGUUAACGAAUUUCCAAAAAAUGUCAUUAAUUUAAGACAUUGUGUCAAACGUAUUGAGAUCUGCAAUAAAAAUAAUAAACAAAAUAUGGACACGUUUUUUGGAUUCAUUUUACCGAAAAACAAAAUUAAUAUAAUCAAAACACUAGGUUUCGGAACUAUAAAUAAAAUAUAUUUGUAUUUUGAUAAACCAUUUUGGAGUUCGGAUGACAACGGAUUUCAAUUUGUUUGGACUAAACACAGUAAUCAUAGCCUACCUGAUUGGGUCUAUGAUAUAACUGGUUUUGAUUUAGUUAGGGGACAGCCAAAUGUAUUGGUCGGAUGGAUUGGUGGUAAUGGAGCCAUACAAAUGGAAAAAGUGCCAAAUUGUCAAAUGAUCGGUGAUAUCUGUUUUCGUGUUUUAAAACAGUUUUUGCCAAACAUGACAAUCGAGAGACCAUCAAAAGUAAUUUGUUCCAAAUGGUGGUCCAAUGAGUAUGUAUGUGGAGCUUACAGUAACCGAUCGCUCAAUUACCAAAAGCUCAACCUCGACAUCGAGAGCUUAUCGGAACCCAUUGUUUGCGAAACAAAGUAUUCAAAUUUGUCCAAUAGAUAUAUAGAUUAUCCUCUUAUACUAUUUGGUGGUGAAGCCACUGAUCGCCAAUUUUAUUCAACAACUCACGGAGCGAUGCGCUCAGGUCUUCGUGAGGCUCAACGACUUAUUGAGUUUUACAAUAAACUUAAUGUUUUAGAUAUUUCUAAAUUAUGA